AUGUCUCAGCAGCAUUCGGUUACGCUUCAUGAGUUUGUGGAGAUCAAGCAAGAGAACCUUGAUGGCUACACCUUUCUCGCUUUCAUGACUGUUUACAUUUACGAGUUUCUCAUAACCUUUGACCAACUCGCAAGAGUAUGGCACCAGCCACUUAGCACUGCUAGCAUAUUGUUGCUUUUGCUACAUGUUGGUGGCUUUGCAUGUGUGGUUUUAUACUUUGGAACAUGGCAAGGCUGGUCAUCUUCAUGCAUGGGGGUUUAUAUACUAAAUCAAUCAUGGCCUGCGGUAGCUUUGUUGAUUCAGAUUUUGGCCAAUGGUAUGAUAACCUUUGCCAAAUUAUCUGAAGUCAAUGGGUACAAAUGGCAGCUUCCUGCUGUUAUAAUGGCCUUAUUGUCAGUAUCCACUUGUUGGAAUAUUUAUCAGACUUCUGAAUGGAGAGAGCAUGGAAAGCCCUCAGGACCAGCAGAUGGAUGUUAUUACCUGAGUGCACCUAUGCAUGUGGUCAACAGAUUCAAUAUAUCAUCUGUUGUUUGCACCAUAGUGGCUGAAGCACUUGCACUAGCAGUGAUAUGGGUUUCACUGAUGCUUCAGUUGAUGAAUAUGGUGUUGACAAUAACACAAGUCUGUGAAACAGGAUUUACUACAUCAGAAAUGAUGCUUCUCAACCUACACAAUGCCAAAGCACCUGCCACAGAUCAUACAAGCUUCUCCUUGUCAAAUGUCCUCCUUAUACCUCAAAAGCUUGCCAACAUCUACAGUCAUCAGCAAUCUGAAUCUAAUAAUGGUGAUUUACUACCACAAGAGUUGGAGGAUGCCGAAAAUGAUGAUACAUGGGUAGAAACUGAUACGGAGGAUGGAAAGAUUGUUCAACAAAGUUGUAUAAAUAGUGGACAUGUUGAAGCAAUGGGGUUAUAG